GCCAAAUGACGUACUAAAGUACAAUUCGAAAGGAUCGCUCUUUUUCCCAUGUAGUUAGGUUUUGACUGCUCACUAAAUAUGACGUUUUUACGUAACUACAACUGCGCUUACAUCCUGCAGAUACUUCUCAUCCAGCUAACCUUAGUUGGAUGCGUACAAGUAUGUGAUAGUGACGAAGAAUGUCUUGGAAACAACAUGCUCUGCAAGGGCAACGAAUGCAUUUGUGACAAUGGCCAAUAUGUUAAUCCACCGGUAACCACCGAAGCUGCAGUCUUGGAAACAACUCUUGUCCCGAUUGACGAACGAAAACACGGCGCAGAGGAGGCGAUGUAUCUGUACAGAAUUACCAGUACCUUCACGUUGUAUCUAUUCCUAACCGUCUUUAUCGGGCUUUUUUGGUAUGGCCUUUACCUGGCUGUACUAAACCGCCUCAGACGCGAUCCUCAGAUAGCUAUAAGACAAAAUAUGAACAUUCCAAAGACGACGUUGCUUACAUCUCCAGGGAAACUUGGAGAGUGAUCAUUGUUAUCCUUUUUGUGUUAACCUUAAUGGCUAUAACGUUGCGUAUCUGGUGCACCCGUUUUAGGUAAGGGAGCACGGGGUAAUUUUUCUUAGCAAUUUCUUGACUAUUUUUUUGGGGUGCGUUUUAGAGAGAUCCGCAACUUGAAGCUUGAGCAGCGACGAGAAGCGGAGGCCGUUUAGAAUUCCCGUUCAAAAAUUUACUCAUUUCCUUCUAAAUGCACACAUAUACUUUCAUAC